AUGGAAAAGAUUAGAGAGUUUUCUUCUAGCACAGGCCUUGUUGCUAGUAAUCCCAAGAGUAAGAUCUACUUUGGAGGAGUGAGGGAGGAUACUCAAGAUCUAAUCCAGCAGGUAACUGGCUUUGCCAUUGGUACUCUUCCUUUCAAAUAUUUAGGUGUCCCCUUGGCUAGUAGGAAGCUAAUAAUCCAUAUGUGCCAACCCUUGAUUGAGAGAAGGAUUAGUAGACUUAAUCAUUGGUGCACUAGGAUUCUAUCAUAUGCAGACAGAGUUCAAUUGGUUAGAAGUGUACUUUUCCCCAUAGCCAAUUACUGGAUGCAGGUGUUCCAUCUUCCUAAAAAGAUUAUUCACCAUGUUGAAACUAUGUGUAGAAGCUUUAUUUGGAAAGGCAAGGAUAAUCUUUCAAGGAAAGCUCAUGUGUCUUGGGAGAGCAUGUGUGAUCCUGUUUCUGCUGGUAGAAACACGAUCAACCUGACUUUGUGGAGUAGAGCUACAAUUGGAAAAAUGCUAUGGAAUCUCUGUGCUAAAGCUGAUAAGCUUUGGAUAAGAUGGAUUAAUAUGUAUUACAUCAAAGGUAGGGAAUGUACCAACUUUAUUCCUCCCCAACAAUGCUCUUGGACUCUGAAAUGUAUGUUCGAAUUUGAAAUAGAGUUGAGGAUGACAGACUUGGAGGGAAGCUACCCUGCACCAGAAGUAUACUACCGGUAG